CUUCUUGUGGCCGCGUGGAAUUUCGUACGCUGGGAUUUCGUUUUUCGUCUGCUGUGAUCGAGUUGAAAAUAUGGAAGAACAAAAUGCCGAACCGGAGCCUCAAAUGCCUAAAAGGACGCUUGCCCAUAUAAAAAAUAAGCAGCGUAGACAAGAAUUAUUCAGAAAGAUGCAGAUUGAGAAGCGAAAGGAAAAACUGAAGGAAAAGAAAAAGAAGAAGAGGGAAGAUGAGAAAGCAGGUGACAAGGCACCACCCAAGAAGGUUCCCAAGACGAUUGAAAACAUGAGAGUGUUUGAUGAGACCAUGGUCAACCCAGAAGAUGCAGAGGUAACCUAUGAUGAAGCGACAGAUGAAAUGGCUCCAUACUUCAACCGAGAAACAAUGCCUAAGGUUCUCAUCACCACUUCAGAUAAAGCUGCAUGGACCACCAGGAGAUUAUGUAAGGAGCUGAGCAGCUGUAUACCCAAUUCAGAAGUGCACCAUCGACGACAUCUACCGCUGAAGAGAAUCAUCAAGAGAGCACAGGAGAAAGAUUUCACGGAUCUCAUUGUCAUCAACAAUGACAGGGGCAAAGCGAAUGGUUUGGUGAUGAGUCAUUUUCCCGAAGGACCUACCUGUCAUUUUAAGCUGUCCAACGUAAAACUCAGACAAGAUAUAAAGCGUUGUGGAAAGCCGACAGAUCAUCAACCGGAACUGAUCCUCAAUAACUUCAACACGCGCCUUGGUCAUACCGUUGGCCGACAGAUCGCUGCCCUCUUUCCUCACGAUCCAAACUUUGUUGGACGAAGGGUCGUUACUUUCCAUAAUCAGAGAGAUUUUAUAUUCUUCAGACAUCACAGAUAUGUCUUCAAAGACAACAAGAAAGUAGGCUUACAAGAGCUAGGUCCUCGGUUCACUCUCAAGCUUAGAUCGGUACAGAAGGGAACAUUCGACUCCAAGUUUGGUGAAUAUGAAUGGGUUCAUAAGAGACACGAAAUGGACACAAGCAGGAGGAAAUUCCAUCUUUGAUGAGUAUCUUAUCUCUAUCUCACGUUUUACAUGAAUGUAUUAAGUUGAACCGGGCAUGGUGGCUCAGUGGUAGAGCGUCCGCCUCGUGAACGGGAGGUCGUGGGUUCGAUCCUCGGUCGAGUCAUACCAAAGACUUAUAAAAACGGGACCUUCUGCCUUCCUGCUUGGCGCUCAGCAUUUAGAUGGAGAAGGGUAAUAAUAACAUUAUUUUAUGCAGGGCCCACUGGUAGAGCAGUUUCCUAACUGAAGUGGCUACCCUGGGUAAAUAAAAUGUUAUUAUAUUAUUAUUACUCUUGAUAUUAUGAAGUUAUUUCCCCUCUUCUGAAAUCCAGAUAAACUUAGGCCAUGGUCUCAAGCCCAGCACACAUACAAUUCGUUUGCGAUCAAAUUCUGUGAAACUUUGUAAUAUCAUUUGAUAUAAACAUUCCAGCCUGUAAGAUCUUAACAAUCAGUUCGGAAUAGUAGUAUGAAUGUUAAAAACAGAAUUCCAGUCUGUCGAUAGCCAUACUGAAUGAGUAAUAUCAAAUGAAAUUCUAGAUCAUAGUGAUAUCGCAAUCAAGCCACCAACUACCCCUUUUUUUAGGUGAUGUGGACCACUUUAAAUGCAAGGCUUGCAUUUGAAUUUUGAUUUUACUAUUAUCAUUGUUCAAAACUUCAUAUUAGGUGAAUUUACCUGUUCAACUUACAUUCUUAUAUAUUCAAAGUGGGAUUUGCUAGACGAAUCAGGUCACAGUUAGAUUGUAUAGUGUGGGGCAGGCUGGACAAGGAAAGGAAUAUGAGAAUGACCGAACUCCACGAUUCAUUUCAAGAAAAGCUAGAAUAUUUUUGUUUUGUCCAAUUUUUAUUUUGGUCAGUUUUUAAUUGAUUUUAGGAAUUUGUGCUUGGAAUUCAAGGAUUACUCACAAGAUGGGCUUCCGUAUAAGCGAUAAUUUCUGAUGUUUAAAUAAUUUUGACCAGAAGCAUUUGAGCCAUUAUUAUAUACUCGAAUAUGUGAUUGAAGUGUUCACAACACAGCCAUAACAGAAGACAACAGAGACUCUGAUAUUAGAUUACUCACUCCCAAGUGGAGUUAAAUAUGACUACAUUUUAUUUAUAUGAAUGUUAUCAAUAUGUGCAUAUACAUGUGCAUGGUAUAGGUGUUGAAUAUUAUGUUAAAAUAGACAAUAUACGAAAACAUCCUAAUAAUGAUUCAAAAACAUUAAAAGUUACAUGAUUUAAUGGUAAUCUUACUGUUAUGUAUAAGGCCCAAAUACAGUAUGAUAAAAA